AUGGCUGACGCUUCUGAGCCGCUAGAUCUGGCCAACAUCCUACGCCCCAGCGGUCCUUGGGACUAUGCAGAUGCCAAAGAAGGCUACGAGUACAUCGUGUCCGUGGAGGGCAACAAAAUGAGCUACGCCGAUGAUGCCGGAAAUAGGCACGAGAUACACAUCCCUACGGGCAGAGCAAAUGAGGCUGGCGAGCACUUCGCGAACAGGAGAUGGGAUGAGUUGGCCAAGUUCCCGAAAUGGGACAACCAGCAGUAUACAGACGAAGACUACGUCAUCACCGAGGUCAAGAAGAACCCGGCCACUGAUGAGGAGGCAAGAGGGGUUGUGAUCAAAGCGCAGGGAGAACCUCUCGUCAAGACGGCAGAUGGAAAGUGCCCCUACGAGGCAAGUGACACAGUAUCGCCCCCGGCCUACCGGUUCUGCGUCAUGGUAGAGUGCUUUGCCUGUGAGCUGGGCAACAACAUCUACUCCUUUGACCACAAGGGCUGUACCGGCGGCGCGCUCAACUCCUGCCGGGACGGCGCGGACGCCCACUGUUGCAUUGGUGCGGGAGGCAAAAACACCUGCUCGGCCCAGUGGUACCGCGGUGGCGGUCCUGGCGGCGUGCUGCUCGCCCGCACGGGCAGCAAUGCAGCAGCCAACGGCACCGAGGAGUGCGGGGGAUACGUCGAGCCAAACACGAACCUGUUCACCGAUGCAGAUGGCGUCCAGCAUAACAAGUACAUCCCCAGGGGCUCAUACGCAACUGUCGUCGAUCUGUAUGAGGCCGGCAACUUGGACGAGCUGGCCAAAUUCCCACACUAUACUGGCCGGGGCUAUACCGAUGACGACGUUAUCCCCCAGAAGUAG